GCCGGAAUUUGAACCCGUGACCUCUGACUCCAAAGCCCAGGCUCUUUUCCACUGAGACACGCAGCUUCUCUUACAGACGGGGCGGCCCAGAGGAGCAGGUCCCCCCGGGGUGUCGGCUGGGAUGCGGCCCGCCUCUGCCUUCCUGCUGCUGGGGCUGGGCCUGGCUGGGGGUCUCCGGCCCACGGACCCCAAUGUUUGCAGCUUCUGGGAAAGUUUCACCACGAUGGUCAAGGAAUCGUACGGCCACCCCUUCGUCCAGCCGCCGGCCCAGCCCUGCGAGGGCCCUUGGGAUCACUACCGGACCUGCGACCAGCCCACAAUCGUGUACCGGACGGCUUACCGCCAGGCGGUGAGGACGGCCCAGAGGCUCCGGUUGCAGUGCUGCAGAGGCUACUACGAGAGCGGCGGGGUCUGCGUCCCUCUCUGCAGCCAGGAGUGCGUCCACGGUCGCUGCGUGGCCCCGGAGCGCUGCCAGUGUGAGCCGGGCUGGCGAGGGGCCGACUGCUCCAGCCGCUGCGGGGAGCUGUGGUGGGGCCCGUCCUGCGAUAAGCGCUGCGACUGCGGGGCCAACGCCACGUGCGACCCCGCGAGCGGCGCAUGCGCCUGCCCCGCCGGCUUCCAGGACGCGCGCUGCCGCCGGCCCUGCGGACCCCGGGCCUACGGACACAACUGCCGCCUCGCCUGCCCCUGCCUGCAGGGGGCGCCCUGCCGCCCCGACAACGGCGCCUGCGCGUGCCCACCGGGACACGCCGGGCCCAUUUGCGAGGUGUCCUGUGCCAACGACUCCUGCUCCGACCUCUGCCCCUGCCAAAACGGAGGCGUGUGCCAGCCGGGCACGGGGUUCUGCGACUGCCCGCCGGGUUGGACGGGCGCCAUCUGCUCCCAGCCCUGUCCCGAGGGACGGUUUGGACGCGGAUGCCGGGAGGCCUGCCUGUGCCACAAUGGUGCCCGCUGCGACCCUGUCACCGGCCACUGCCUCUGUGCCCAAGGCUACACCGGGGAACGGUGCCAGCAGGAGUGCCCCGUGGGCCGCUACGGUCAGGACUGCCUGGGGUUGUGUGAUUGCGCGGCGGGGGCCCGCUGCUUCGCCCCGGACGGCUCCUGUCUGUGUGAGCACGGCUACUCCGGAGAGCGCUGCGACCAGCCCCUCUGCCCCGACGGCCGCUACGGGCUCGGGUGCCAGCAGCUCUGCGCCUGCCACCCCGAACACAGCCUCAGCUGCCACCCGAUGAGCGGCGAAUGCACGUGCCGGCCAGGCUGGGCCGGGCUGCACUGCAACGAGAGCUGCCCGCAGGGCCAGCACGGGCCCGGCUGCAGGGAGCCCUGCCUCUGCCUGCACGGGGGCGUCUGCAGCCCCGACACCGGGCACUGCCUCUGCGCCCCGGGAUAUACGGGGGCGCACUGCGCCAGCCUGUGCCCCGCCGACACGUUCGGGCCCAACUGCUCGGAGCGCUGCUCCUGCCUGCACGCCUCCGCCUGCAGCCCCAUCGACGGCGCCUGCGUCUGCAAGGAGGGCUGGCAGGCGGGGGACUGCUCGGUGCCCUGCCCCGCGGGCACCUGGGGCUUGGCCUGCAAUGCCAGCUGCCGCUGCGCCCACCGCGCCCCCUGCCACCCCGACACCGGAGCCUGCGACUGCACCCCCGGAUGGAGGGGACCCCGAUGCCACCUGCCCUGCACGGAAGGCCACUUCGGGGCGGGCUGUGCCAAACGCUGCGACUGCGACCACGCAGCCGGCUGCCACCCCGUGGAUGGGCAGUGCCAGUGCCUCCCCGGAUGGACAGGACCCCGCUGCGGGCAACGCUGCCCACCGGGCCUGUGGGGUCCCGGUUGCAACGCCACUUGCGUCUGCAAGAACGGGGGCACCUGCAAGGCAGAAGACGGGAGCUGCGUCUGCGCCCCCGGAUUCCGGGGUCCCUCCUGCCAGCGCAGUUGCCCCGCCGGCCGCUACGGCAAGCGCUGCUCCGUCCUCUGCAAGUGCUCCAACCGCUCAUCUUGUCACCCCGUGGACGGCACGUGCUCCUGUCACCCCGGCUGGACCGGCCCUGGCUGUGCCCACGGUUGCCUGCCGGGGACGUUUGGUGCCAACUGCUCCGGACAAUGCCACUGCGGCCCCGGGGGACGGUGCCAGGCGGACACGGGCGCCUGCGUCUGCCCCCCAGGGCACACCGGGCCCGGGUGCGCGCUCGGCAUGCCCGUCCAGCCUUUCACCAUGGUGCCCGCCCCGCCCGACGCCUCGGCCCCCGUGGGCGCCGCGGCGGGCAUCGCGGCCCUGGGCGCGCUGGCCGCCGGACUGCUGGCCCUCUUCGGCGGCUACCGGCGCUGGAAGAAGGGCAAGGCCCACAGGCACCUGACGGCCGCCUACACCAGCGGCGGCUCCGAAUACACCGUGCCAGACGUGCCCCCCGGCUCCAGCCACUACUACUCCAACCCCAGUUACCACACGCUGUCCCAGUGCUCGCCCCGGCCUCCGCCCCCCAACCAGGUGCCAGGCGGCCAGCUGUUCUCCCCACUCAAGGGCCCGGAUCGGCUGGGCGCCUUCGGAUGCGAUGGCCACGCCACCCUGCCCGCCGACUGGAAGCACCUCGGGGGGCCCCCGCCCGGGCACCGCGAGCCGGACUUCCGCCGCGGUCACAGCUACAGCCUGGGACACUUCUACCGGAAAGGUGACAUCCCGGAGGAGGGGACGCCGGGCACCAGCUGGGGCUCCCUGGGCGGCGAGAACCCCUACGCCACCAUCCGUGACCUGCCCGGCGAGGGCGGCUACGUGGAGAUGAAGGGGCCCGGGGCCCGGGAGGACGAAGCCCCCCGGCCCGGACAGAGGGACAGCGGGACCUACGAGCAGCCCAACCCCUGCCCGAGCCUCGAGCUGGCCCGGCCCCCCGCCCCGCCGGGGCUCCCCCCGGGCCACUACGACGCCCCGAAAAACAGCCACAUCCCCGGACACUACGACCUGCCGCCGGUCCGGCACCCUCCGUCCCCACCGAGGCCCCAUCAGCAGCGGUGAAGGCCGGCCCCGGGGCCCCGCGGGCCCAGAGCCGGACACCGAAGGGACCCCGGACGGUGCCGGGGGUGGGGGACACCCCCAUCCUGGGGGUCCCGCGGGAUGGGAGGGGAAUGUCGACCCCUCCGGCCUCCCUCCGGCCUCCCUCCGGCCUUCCCCCGUCCACCCCGACCUCUCCAAGGUCACGGGGGUCACCCGGGCCGGCCCCCGGGCCCGGUUUUCCCCUCCGGGAAGCGGGACGGAGGGAAACGGGGGGCUGGCGGGGAGACCCCACCCCAUUCCCCCCUGCCCUGAUCCCCUUCCUCACUACCCCACCUCUCUCCCCCUCC